CUGCCUAGGACGGAAGCUCGGUUGGUGUUUCUCCAGAAGUUUCCCCCUUGGGCGGCGGCGGAGCUGGUCACCGCGCUAAUACCCGCUCCUGCAGCAGCAGCAGUAGCAGCAGCAGCAGCAAGCGUGGGGCCUUGGGGAUGGCGGCGGCUGCAGCAGAGCCUGCAACAACCCAGCGGUUUUCCCAGAGCUUCUCCGACGCUGUGAUUGACGAGGACCCCCAGGUGGCGUUAGAGGCACUGACUAAAGCUUUGGAACAGAAUCCAGAUGAUGCACAGUAUUACUGUCAAAGAGCUUAUUGUCACAUUCUUCUUGGGAAUUACUGUGAUGCUAUUGCUGAUGCAAAGAAGUCUCUUACACUCAGUCCAAAUAAUUCCACUGCUAUGCUAAGAAAAGGGAUAUGUGAAUACCAUGAAAAAAACUAUGCUGCUGCUCUAGAAACUUUUACAGAAGGACAGAAAUUAGAUAGUGCCAAUACAAAUUUCCCUAUCUGGAUUAAAAGGUGUCAAGAUGCUCAGAAUGGAUCAGAAUCUGAGGUGUUUGCAUCCCAGAGGACUCAGUCAAAAAUCAAGUAUGACUGGUAUCAAACAGAAUCACAUGUAAUCAUCACACUUAUGAUCAAGAAUGUUGAGAAGAAUGAUGUAAAUGUGGAAUUUUCAGACAAAGAGUUGUCUGCUUUGGUGAAACUUCCUUCUGGAGAGGAUUAUAAUUUGAAACUGAGGCUGCUUCAUCCUAUAAUAUCAGAGCAGAGCACAUUUAAAGUACUAUCAACAAAGAUUGAAAUUAAAAUGAAAAAGCCAGAGGCUGUGAGAUGGGAAAAGUUAGAAGGGCAAGGAGAUGUGCCUAUACCAAAGCAGUUCAUAGCAGAUGUAAAAAACCUAUAUCCAUCAUCAUCGCAUUAUACAAGAAAUUGGGAUAAAUUGGUUGGUGAGAUCAAAGAGGAAGAAAAGAAUGAGAAGUUGGAGGGCGAUGCAGCUUUAAAUAAAUUAUUUCAGCAGAUCUAUUCAAAUGGUUCUGAUGAAGUAAAACGUGCCAUGAACAAAUCAUUUAUGGAGUCUGGUGGUACAGUCUUGAGUACCAACUGGUCAGAUGUAGGUAAAAGAAAAGUUGAAAUCAAUCCUCCUGAUGACAUGGAAUGGAAAAAGUAUUAAAUAAAUUAAUUUGUUAUCACUGUAUUACAUAUAUUCUCUAA